CGCGGGAGGACGCGGCUUCACGGGUGCGCUUACGAAUGAAACGAAUCGCGUGGGGGUGUGGGGGCACCGGGGCUCGGUUAUCUGGUUCACCUCCUAUGGUGGCACAAGCGCCCCUUUUUGGGACUGCACCUUCGCUCGCUGACGCGCUCGGUGGCCCCCGUGGCGAGUGCAGUGUCCGGCACAGUGGAUGAAAUGCUUUUUACCUGUUCCCCUGCGCCAGACCUCUCCGGCACUCUCUGCCUCCACACAGGGUGCAUGUGACAGAGCCAUCGCCCCUGUCCCACUCGGGACAGGGUGCCGGGGGACCUCCGGCACUGCCACCUACAGCCCUCCUCCCCGCUCGUGGUGUGGGCAAGCCUUAGGGGCGCCGCUGCCCCCUUCACAUCGCGGGCAGGAUUCUGGCCUCCGCGAUCCACAACAGCACCCUUGUCUGUUCUCCGCCGUGCGACAGUCUCGCAGAGCAGGGCAAAGAGGGACGUGGGGACCCCGCCGCUCUGCCCCGUCCUCUCCCGCCCCGCGCGGGCUCCGAGCGCCGUCGGGGCAGCGGCAACCGUCGACCCCCGCCCGCCGGGACAGCCCCGCCAGAGGGGCGUGGCUCGGGCUGCAGCAGAGCCAAUGGCAAGCGGCGGCGGCGAAUAUCAAUGCGGGCCGGACCAAUCGGGGCGCAGCCAUGCUGUUAACAGCUUAGGGGCGCGGGGCGGCGCAGAGCAGCGCUGCUGCCACGGGGAGCGGAGCGGUGCCGUGCCGGGCUCCGCGCACCGCGCUCCCCCAGCCCGCCCCGGCCCCGCUCGCCAUGGCGGCGGCCGUGGACGAGAGCGCCCUGCCCUCGAUCUCCACUUUCGCCAACUUGAUGCCGCUAGAGGAGCGGCCCGCCGACAUGCUCCACGUAAGCACCUGGCACCGGGGAGAGGGUGGCAAGAGGAUGCUACAGCAGGAUGGCCCCGCUGCCGUCAAGCGGGAGGAAGACGACUUGGGCAAGUUCGUGGACCUGGACUUCAUCCUGGCGCACACCAGCAGUGGCGGGCAGGGGCCGACCGGCCCCAACUACCCCCUGCCCGAGACCCCCGAAAGCUGUGGCACCACCUACGACAGCGACGGCUCGUACUCCACGCCCGGCAAAUUCCCGGCGCCUUACCCCGAGGGCCAGAGCCACAGCUACGUGGCUGAGCUGCUCACCCCGGACCUGCCCGGCCACUACGACCUGCAGCGGAGGGAGUACACGGAGCUGCGUGUGCCCGGCGGCCCCCACCACCACCCUCACCCCCAUCACCAUCCGCCCCUCCACCCGGCCCUAGCCCGCCCGCUGCCCCUGGACCCCGCGCAGUCCUUCGGGCCCCGCAUCAAGAAGGAGCAGCCGGAGGAGCGCGCCUGCAUGCUAGGGAUGCCUGCCGCCGAGUACCUGGGACCGGGCGGCGGCGAGCACAAGCCACGCGUGGCGCCGGGUCCCGGGCCGGGACCGGUGCCGGGGCCGCCGCUGCCCUACCCGGGCUUCCCCCACGGCCGCUUGGGGCCCCCUGAGGAGCCGCUGCCUGGCGCCGAUCCCCACCUCUUGGCCGACCUGCCGCCCCACUACGCCGUGGCCCCGCACCGCUAUGCGCCCCACUUCGCCCCCCAGCCGCCACCGCAGUUUCAUGGACAUUUCAGUGUUUUCAGGGAGCCCCUGAAGGGGCCGGGCCCGGGCCCGGCGGGGCUGCCCGGGCUGCUGGUCACGCCGCCCAACUCCCCGGUGCUGGAGUACUUCCCGACCGGGGCUCCCCCCGAGGACUGCAAGCCCAAGCGCGGCCGCCGCUCCUGGGCGCGCAAGCGAACGGCCACGCACAACUGUGAAUACCCGGGCUGCGGCAAGACCUACACCAAGAGCUCGCACCUCAAGGCGCACAUGCGGACCCACACGGGCGAGAAGCCCUACCACUGCACCUGGGAAGGAUGUGGCUGGAAAUUUGCCCGCUCCGAUGAGCUGACCCGCCACUACCGCAAGCACACAGGGCACCGGCCGUUCCAGUGCCACCUCUGCGAGCGGGCUUUCUCCCGCUCAGACCACCUCGCUCUCCACAUGAAGCGGCACAUGUGAGCAGUGGCUGCGGCCGGACUCCAUGUCCCCGGAGCCAGCUCACGGUGUAAAUAGUGUCGGGCCAGGGAUGGCAGUGGGGAGCAGCCUGGCCACCCAGCCCCCUCCGCUUGUAGUUGAUAACUAGUUUUCUCCUCCUGCUCCUGUGAGAGCUGGCCCAGCCAAGUGGUGGGGAAGGGCUGCUUUGGGGAUGUACGUGGGGAGCAAAACUGCAAGAAACAUCUGCCCAGUCAUCACCACUCAGCUCCCCGUGCCUGGAGGGUUCCCCCCAGCCAGGUACUCAGUGAGUGGGGGAACUGGUGCAUAAGGGAUCUGUCCCCAGAAUUCCUGGCUUGUAUUUGGCAUCAGCUUAACCUUCUUCCCCCAGAUUCUGGCACCCCCCUGGCUCUAGGGGCUGUGGUGGCUGACUCUGGCUGCUUUUUGGCUGCAGAGCCAUGCCAGUUGGGCACGUUGGUUGUGAUGCUGGGAAAUGGGUUGCUGGUUGUCUCAGUUGUGAUCAUCAGAACAAACUUCCUGACCCAAAGCGGAUGGGACAAGGGUGGGAUUUGACUGGCUCAUGGCUAUAAAGGUUUGCAGGUGUUGGCAGCACAGUGUCACCUUGCACAGAGGACAGGGAUGCUCCUAUCACCAGCCUGGGACCCCACUGGGCAGUCCAGCCCUGGCCAUUCCCAGUUUUCCACUCAAGAGCCUAAAAUGUCUCUCCUGGCUCUUGUCUGCUUUAUUUUGUUUUGUUCUUCCCCUCAGGAUGACACCAGGUACUGCUGCAGCUGCCUUCCCCAUGCUGCUUUUUAAAAUUUAGUAUGUAAAGGACAGUGAGUCCAGCUAUGAAUGCCCAGGUCUCUGCUAUACUUGAAAUUUUUGUAGAGGGGGGGGACAAAAAACAAAGCUCAAAAGAAAAUGAGUCUUUUUAUGUGCAGCUUCUGCAAAGCAAGUUGUAAAUUAAACAAAGCAGUAAUAUAUAAUGUUUCUGGUUUUUUUAAUAUAUUUUCUUCCAGCUGGGAACACAGAUGAGUCUCAGCUUUGGGAAGUGCACUGUUCCCGUCUGUGUAUAUUGUUAAUUAACAUUUCUCUGCUUGGGCACGUUAGGUCUCUUGCACUCUGAAAUGUUACUUUUCUUUAUAUGCAAACUGUUGAAAUAUUGUGAUCUGCUGUAUAAUAAAUAAACAAGAUGUAAACAUGAAA